CAUUUCUCUCCCAUUCGUCUCUUCCCCGACUAAUUGUUUUCUAUUCCAUUUGACGCAACGUUAGCAUGGCUUCCAACAGUUACUCUGACUACAAGCAUUCCACAAACACUCUCCAUAAAUGGAAAUCAAAAUAACAAUGUUUACAAUAGAGUCGCAAGCAUCUCGACAAACAGGCAGUCCAUUCACCCAUUGGAGCUGGAACCAAGCUUCGACGCUACGACUAGCACAAUAACAGAGCAAAAUCAUAAAUCCAGGCUAUUAACAAACCCAUUGCCACUGUUUACGGAGUCAAUGCAGCAAGCCCAAUCGCAAUCGGUAAUAACCAAGAAGACAUCAAUUGCAGCGAAGCUUCGGAAAGUAUUUAUUAGUAGACAACAACAGAGUCUCUUUGUCACAAAGGGUCUAGAGACUCGAGAAGGUAUUGUAUCGCUGUCAUCAUCUCUCAAAGAUGAAGCGAACGGGAGCUCCGGAAAUAGUGGCACGCUCACGUCUACACAAUUUGCUACAGGCAAGCAUCGCGGAUCCACCUCUUCUAACAGCUCUGCUGAUACUGCACUUGGCAAUAGAAGUGGUAAUCUGCCGUUCCGACGCUGCUCGGGCCAAACUGCAACACCAUUAACAUCCCCAGAGAAUUCACCUCCCAAUUCUCCAACGAUCAAGGUGAGCCCUAGUUUAAUGAUCGUAGCGGCGGCAGUUCAUGACCAGGCUGAAUCUCCAUCAUCCAUCUUUAACCCUUCAUUCCUAACGCUGGAGGCCGAGGGUUCGAGUGAUGCAGCUAGCGCAAGCAUUUCUGCUCUAGGUCAUUCUGACCUUCAUGAUAAAAGUACAUUGCGGUCUCUAUCCUCCAAAUCUAUCAAAAGGCGUCUCUCCUUUGCCUCCAUCUCUUCCUUCUUUGGAUCACGCAAUAACAACACUCCACAAGAAUCUCGUGCGAAGCAGCAUCGAUCCUUUUCUGUUCCGCAUGUAGAAAACCCUCUGACCGUUGGGCGUCAGAUCGCCGGCUUCCAGCGGCGACACUCCCUGAACGACUUGCAUGACCACUCGAAUGGAAAACUACCCUUGUCUGUGCAUCACCAUGUUGUGUCGCCAUUAUCUUCUGAGGAGGCACAAAAUACAAGCGUAAUUACAUCUGCUACUAACCGAGGGCCUUCCAAGAAACUGUCCUUCAACAACAUGUUCAGCAAACAAAAAAAGAAGAGCAUAAGGCCUUCAAAGCUCGCGCCAUCUGCAUCUGCCAAGCCAUUGAAGUCAGCACUUGUGCACCGAUCUCCAGGCACUGCGAAUGAUCAGUCCAAGGCUCAUCUCGUCCACAGCAAUGCCUACCGACGAUCGUCUUCUGUGCGAUCCCAAAGCAGUUCCUAUUGCCAACAAUACCGCCACUAUCCUCAUUACAAUCAGCACCAUCAUCAGUGCCCAUCUCAGCAUGCGCUCAGUACUACAGACUCACUAACUCAUCUUGCAGAAGCAAACCAUUCCUUAGCCUCACUCAGUAGGAGAAGCUCUAUUCAGGAGGACGAUGGCCAUGAUAUAUAUCAACAAUCAUACAAUUAUUUACCAUGUUCACCCACUGUAGCAUGUAAUUCCUGCACAUCCCGAUUGUCCUUGGAGGGACCCAAUGAUGGUAUUCUCGGGACUAUGGCGACUAAUAUUAUGAAUGUUGUUACUGCCAACGCAUUAUCUACUCCAACUCCAAGGAUUCUUCCUACUAUAACCAUCGAGACAGGCUUAAAUAACGAUAUAGCUUAUGAAGCACAAUAUUGCUCGCUGCCUCAGCACCUCUCCCCGAUUCUGUCUCGAUCAUCCUCUUGUCGCUCCUUCUCAUCAUCCUCAGAGAGCGUUGGUGAGGCCCAUCAAUCCUCGUCAUCUUCAUCAUCCUCGUCAUCCAUAUCUGGUAGUGGAUCAUGCUCUUCCUCCAGUUGCUCCAUCCACUUUGAGAUCAACCACACACUUGCUCCCACACACAAAUCGGGGCAGCUACGGGUUAAUGGAAGCAGCUGUAGACGUCCAUCAGAUAACCAGACGUUUAAUCCACUACUCCCAGCCUUUGCAGCACGUGUUUCAGUGGACCAUAUUGCCCUUGAUAGCCACCAAAGCAAUUCUAUCACUACAGAAGCGCCGUCCAUUGCCUAUGAAUCCCCCUCAACCAUAUCCAACUCAUCGACUGAGGAUUCUUCUGCGUCUUCAACCUGCACCAAUGUGACGCUUCUUCCUCUAGCCAACUCUAUUGGAUAUCAAAAGCGAGAUCUAGUACCUUUACAACACCUGGGUGGUUAUCAUGAUUUGCAGUGUCAACAAGAAGCUACUGUAUGUCUACUUUAUGACCAAAAUGAGUAUGAAGAUGAACGUGCAUACGAACACGGACACGAACAUGAACAUGAACAACAAUACCAUCAUUAUGCCAUAGACCAUGAUGAGUAUGAGCAAAGACGCCAUCUUAUUGAAUAUCAACGUCAGCAGCAUCAAUAUCAUCAUCUUCACCAUCUAGACCUUCACCAUCAGGAGCAGCAUUGUUAUGUAGAUUGGGCCUCCAUCUACCCACCACGUCCUCCACGUCAACUACAGUUUUCGACCGAAGGUCCGACUGUGUUCCCAACAUGGACACCAGAGCAAUAUGACCGAACCAGUGAUACUAGUACCACAGCUUCCCGUCUGACGCCUGCAACCGCUCAAAGGAUUAAACUAGAGUUGAACCAAUUCAAGCGUCAUGAGAUGGAAGUCCAUCAAGAUAGUCAAAUAUACACCCACUAUUUCCUCUAAAAAAGAAAGAAAAAUAUAUAUGCGCUGAUCAAACAUGUAAGACAAACCGACGCGUCCAGAGAAAUUAAACAGAGCAUGAUCGCAUAAAGAGACAGUAAAGACAAAAUAAGUAAUCAUAAU